CAGUUGCAGUUGCAGUCUUGGUCUUGGAGAAUGUCAUGUCCCCACUUAACCUAGUUUCAUACCAUUCUCCUUUGCCAAACCCUUGAGGGUUACUCUUCCAUCAAUACAAUCCCCCAUUUCCAUCUCCAUCUCCAAAAUGUUGACGGAUUCCGACUUGCUCAAACGUCUCCACGAUGUCCUGGGAACGUCCGACCUCGAUACAGCCACUGCCGCCACCGUCCGCCGUAGAAUCGAGCAAGAUUUGGGUAUUGAUUUAUCAGACAGGAAACCCUACAUUAGACAACAAAUCGAUUUGUAUCUUCAAUCUCACUAUACUAAUGAUAAACCCGAGGCAGAGGAAUCGGAGGAUGCCAAGGUAGAAGAGAGUGAUAAUGAUGGAAGUGUCUCUCAAGAAGAAGAUGAACACCAAGAAGAGGAAGACUCCGAUGCCGAGAAGAUAAAGAUAGACAGCAAGCACAAGAAGACGCCUGCAAAUGCAAAGAAAAGGGGAGGGGGUUUUAGCAAACCAUGUGCACUUUCUCCCCAACUUCAAAAGUUUGUCGGAGAGCCUGAAAUGGCCAGAACUGAGGUGGUCAAGAAGAUUUGGGCUUAUAUCAAAGAGAAAGAUUUGCAAAAUCCACAGAACAGGCGGAAAAUCCUAUGCGAUGAAAUGCUACAUGAAAUUUUUCGUGUCAAGUCCAUUGAUAUGUUCCAAAUGAAUAAAGCGCUUACCAAACAUAUAUGGCCAAUAGAAGAGGAAGAUGUUGUUUCUUCAGAAGCUGCAGCUUCAGUCAAGCCUACAGAGAAGAACAAGCAGAAUAAACGAGGCAAAGAAGAUGAGCCAAAGGAAAAGGGAAAGCGGCAAAAAGCAAAGGGUUCUGGAUUUGUUUCUCCACAUCCAAUAUCAGAAGCACUGGUGCAAUUCUUUGGUACGGGUGAAAAUGAAUUAUCUCGUGCAGAAGUCGUGAAGAGAAUGUGGGAAUAUAUCAAGCAGAAUGAUCUUCAGGAUCCAUCGGACAAACGGAGGAUUUUAUGUGAUGAUAAGCUAAGGGAACUAUUUAAAGUCGAUACAUUCAUUGGGUUCACAGUUUCAAAGCUUCUGACAGCUCAUUUCAUCAAAGAAGAAUGAAUGGCCAGCCAGCCAGCCAGUCAGCCAUAUUGUUUCUUGAUAAGUAAGCCAGUUUUCAUCCUCAUUUGGUUCCAGAAAGUGUAUAUAUUGUGAUAUCAAAGAAUGCUAACCAGUUCAUCAAUGGUGCAUUCUACUUUUUGUGUAACAUUAUUGGCAAAAGUUACCGCUUUCAUUAGCCAGAAAAAAAGAAGACUUGUUC